AUUCAACGGUGACGUAAUGGGCAGGAACGGUUGUCUUUUCGGCACUAUUUACAAACAAAUACCUACCUACGUUUUUCAACAGCACGUGGAACGCGUGCGGAUGCUGUCAGACGGUUGCCGGGCUGUGGAGCUGGUGGCGCGUUCAGCAAGGUAGGCCCGCAGACGCUCGAGCUGUUCCAGAUCGUGCACUAGUGCAACAAGCAGAACAACGGUGAGACGCGUGGCAGAGGAUGCGGCCUCCCGAUUACUACAAGCUCAAGCUGCAGCUGUCCUGGCUGCGCAAGGACACUGACAGAGACGACAGCUCCUUCUUGAGGGCGUAUAGAGAGUUCUUCUCAAACCACAGCUUGGCACUCUGCGGCAGCCCCGACGCCUUCCAGUUAAGCGAGGUCUACAAAAAGUCCACAAACAGCCUCUACGAAGAGGACAUAUACCAGGUGGACUGCAUCUUCGACUUGGAGCUCACGGGUGCACGGUUCAGUGCCCAUACCAGGUACCUCCAGGUGGGUCAGCUGUGGUGCUUCGCCGGACAAGAGAGGCGUGGGGUGUUCCACUGGCUGACGCCACAUCCCCUGGAGGCCUUUGAGCAGGCGACUCAUCCAGCUGAUCGCGAUGUCCGUCUCGUGUCGCUCUCGUUCGGGACGCUGGUGGGCCUCGAGACUUUUGUGGAGCACCACAUCUUCAAUGGACGGAUGGUCGACGACCACCGGGACUACCGGCUCAAGGCCAACUUCCAGCACGACCAACGAAUGCUGCACGUCGACUUGCACCUGAACCACAAGGCCGGUUGCGGAGAAAAGGUCACCGAGUACAGAUUCGUGGUGCCUUACCUCAACAUUCUCAAGGUACUCGUCAACGAGAAACGACGCUACGUUGAACUCUUCUUGCACCUCAAAAUUCCGAGCAUGUUGAUGGGCGAGGUGCGCAGCGAGCAGGAGAAACAGCCUUCCAACCAGUUUGUGCCACUCCGCUGGGAGCGCUACCUGAGCUUCGGCUGUACCUGUCUGGGCGGCCGGUUCCGUGUGGGCACGCUCUGCGGGGGCCUCCUCCUCAAGCUUGUCACGAGGGACCGGUCUCUCGCGUAUCGUGUCCUGGGGCGGCUGUCCCAGCGUUGCUCGCACGGGGUGACCUUCUCCUUCUGCCCCGUGCGCACCUACUGCCCCGGGAAGGCCGGCCACGACCGAACUCAUGCCGUCCACUGCCGCUGCGAGUCUAUGCUGGAGCAACUGCCGUUUCCCUGCGCGUACGCCUUCAAGGCGGUGCUGAACAUCACCUUCGACGUGCGGGACCAGAUGAUGCUCUUGCAGGAGUCCCUGUUCGAGUCGCUCAUGAAGCUGAUCGAGGAGCGUGCCAAGGUGAACCCAGGGGCUGUGGAGCGUGCACUGAACAACAUCGUGUCGAGUAUCGACGCUGGCAACGUGGUGCUCUUCACGAGGGCGUUCGACGCCGUCUACGCAUCGACGCGGGACGAGAAGCCACCGCAGCUGGCCAGGGGAACAUGCCUGGUGCGCAGCGUCUUCUUCACUCCGGGGAGGCUCAUUUUGCGUCCCGCCCAGGUGCACUUUGAGAACCGGGUCCUGCGCCAGUUUAAUGCCGAGUUCGCCAUCCGAGCCUCGUUCCGGGACGACAACAUGGAGAAGCUGUCGUUCACCCUGCACCUGCACUCGUCCCGGGAUGACAUUCUGGAUGUAGUGGUGGGCCGAGCGAUGCGAGAGGGCCUCCGGGUCGGCUCCCGGGAGUUCAAGUUUCUCGCACCCUCCACCAGUCAGCUGAGGGACCACGGGACGUGGAUGUACGCUGUGGACGAGCAGCAGAACACGGCGGGCACCAUCCGGGACUGGAUGGGGCGCUUCGACGGCAUCCCCAACGUGGCCAAGCGCAUGGCCCGCAUGGGCCAGUGCUUCUCCUCCACAGAGCAGGCGGUGCUGGUGCGCAAGCACGAGGUGCGCAUGGUGCCCGACAUGGAGGGGGGCGCCCACCCGGUCAGCCGCAAGCCCUACGUCUUCUCGGACGGCGUCGGCAUGAUGUCCGUGCCCCUGGCACAGGAGGUGUACAAGGUGAUGAAGCUAAAGGAGCGGCCGUCUGCCAUCCAGAUCCGCUACGCAGGAGCCAAGGGCAUGCUGUGCAUCAACCCGGAGCUGCCCAACCAGAAGCUGCUGUACCUGCGCCCCAGCAUGCAGAAGUUCCCUUGCACCAGCUCGGAUUACCUCGAGGUUGUCAAGGUGUCCGCACCACGCUCGGUGACCCUGAACCGACCACUGAUCACCAUCCUGGAGCAACUGGGGGUGCCUGCGGACGUGUUCAUUCGGCUCCAGGACGACAUGAUCCUGGAGUUCACGGACGCCCUGGUGUGCGAGCGCAACGCGGUGGAAAUGCUGUCCUCCUGGGCCAAGCUGGCCCUGCCCUUCCAAGACUUGACGCGGGCGGGCUUCCAGCUCACCCUUGACCCCUUCUUCCGCUCCCUGCUGCUGGCCGUCUACCGCAACGCCGUCGCCGGGCUGCGCUACAAGACCCGCAUUGCCCUGCCCGUGGACCGGGCACGCAACAUGCUGGGCGUCGUGGACACCACCGGCGUGCUCCGCUACGGACAGGUGUUCGUCCAGUGCAGCGAGAUGGGUGCCAGGGCAUCCCAGCAGGGGCCCCCAAAGUGCAGGGUCAUCACGGGACAGGUCCUGGUCACCAAGUGCCCCUGCCUGCACCCCGGUGACGUGCGCAAGUUCACCGCCAUCGACGAACCGCGCCUCCAUCAUGUCGUCGACUGCAUCGUGUUCCCUGGGCAGGGACACAGGCCUCACCCCGACGAGAUGGCCGGAUCGGACCUGGAUGGGGACGAAUACAUCGUCAUCUGGGAGCCCAGCCUCCUGUUCCCUGGCUACAACAAGCAGCCCAUGAACUUCUCCGACCGAAACCCCGAGCCGGAGAGAGGCGAGAUCACGAUCAACGACAUGAUACAGUUCCUCUGUAACUACAUAAAAAAUGACUCCAUCGGAAUCCUGUCCAAUGCCCACUUGGCCUGGGCUGACCAAGAAGAAGAAGGCAUCUAUUCGCGCCGCUGUCUCGCCAUCGCGGAGAAGAUCAGCAUCUGCCUAGACUUCGCCAAGAGUGGACGGACGGCCUACCUCCGCCGCGAAGAGCGUCCCAUGUUUUACCCAGACUUCAUGGAGAAAGGGAGCCACAAGAUCUCGUACCGGUCAGACCGCGUCCUCGGGCUGCUGUACCGGACGUGCCGCUCGCUCGAGGCGGCCGUGGGUAGCCUGGGGCACCGCCACGUCGACGCGGGCAGGUGUCUCGCCCUGGACGUUCCAGGAUGGCAGCGGUACAAGAGCGCGGCCUUGGCGGCACUCGCGGACUACAACACCCGACUCCGCAGGAUCCUGAACCAGUACGGGAUUGCGUCGGAAGGUGAGGCGAUGGCAUGCAUGGUGAGCACGUACGACACGUACCACAACGCCCAGUCAGACAAGCUAAACAUGGAGGACCUCGUCGAGAAGAUGACCAAGUUUCUGACGGAGACGACGCGGGAGGUGUUCUUCUCCGAGCUCCUCACCGAGCUCAAAGAGGAGGGUCUCGAGGACGAGGAGGAGGAGAGGACGCGGAGGAAGAUGCAGAAGGCGUCUGCCUGGUACAUGGUGACGUACAGCCCGGACAGGCCGAACACCGGGCUCUUCAGCUUCCCGUGGUGUGUCGCAGACGUUCUCGUCGAGGUGCUUCGGAGGGCGACGCACGAGCAGAAGAGGUGGUGUCCCGACGUUCUUUCCAAGAAGAUAGACGACCUCAUUGAAAACAACGCGGUUCCGGCCGAGGGCGGGAACGACGCCUUCUGGGUGGCGUACGUCAUCAUUGAAAGGUGGCUGAGAGGGGAGACGCUGCUCGGGCAGAGCACAGAUGGCAAGCCGGGCCUCUGCAAAGGCUGUCUGCUCAAGGUGUACGAAGACUUCUUGUCGAGCCAGAAGCUGUCGUGGUCUCUCUCGUCUGCUUGUGGCAAGGACAUGCAGCUACAUGAGGCCAAGAUUACGGAAGUUGCCGAAGAGAAGUCGGAAGGUGAAGGAAACUUUACGGGGGCACUGCUAUGCACCAAAAAGGAAUGCCUUGUAGAACGUUGCAUUCCUGGCGACGGACCAGGUGACGUGGGGGCCAUUGGAGGAAACUUGGAUGCCAACUGUUACGAUGGUCCCCUGGCACAGAUAGGACAAGAUGGUGAUUGCAAAAGCUGUCCCACGUUUUCCAAGACACAGCAGAACCCCAGAGAAGCAAGCCCCAGCCUCAACUCAGUCAUUUCUUCCUCGAUGCAAGAUUUCGACGAAGACGCUGGCUCAAUCGGGAAGCCAAAAUCAAGCGCUGCCCCCAAAGACGGCGACAAGAACCGGGGUGUCGAGGCAGCACCCAAGCUCGGCUCUCCUCCGAGCAAAGAUGAGCCGAGUGCAGGAACGCUGGUGGUUCGUUUCCUCCGCUGGUGCCUUGAGCACCUCGAACUGCCCAAAGAACUUUGCCCGCACAAUGUGUGCAGCGGCGGGGGUUACGAGGGCCACCGUCAAACUCACCGGCUUCCCAUGGUGGCGCUGCGCACCUACAGUUCCCUGGCGGUCUCCCUCGACCCCUGCCACCUCGGGCUACCCUGCGACCCGACCCUGCACGAACCUCACCAAGAGGUGACCGAACGCGACCCCGUUCGGAUCCCGAUCGCCAACCCGGCCUUUCACCGCAAGCUCAAGGAGAACAUGGAUGAGGUUCGGGAGUUGCUCAAACGUUGGACGGGCGUUCAGGACGUGCACAUCCAGUGGCAGGAAGACGGCGGAAGCUACAUCGUAGUGACGUCCAUGGGACGCGACUGGCAGAUCUGGUACCUCGAAGAGCUGCUCAUGCAGCGCUGGCUCCCUCAAGCCAUCGACAAGGGAAGCUUGGACGAGUUCCUCGUUGUGAAGGGCGCAUGCCAGCAGUGAAGGAUAGACGCACGCUCUUCGAUUGGGAGGAAAAACAUAGGGGGACCGACUGCUUAACAUGCCCAUUCGGUUUUGGUGCGAGCCAUUGUCAACGUAUCGCAGACUUUGGUGGGAUUUUAAAACUUUUCUUUUUGCUUUGUAAUUUCUAACAGUUGCUGUGCCAACCGACUGCACAUGUUGCCAAUGAGCUUGAUGCCCCAGUUGUCGACGGGUUGGGAUAUGAAUAUGUUUCCAAAAAAGUAUUUUAUAUGGGCUGACCUGUUAACACUUACAAGAUCUAUUUGCACAUCCAGUAUUGCUUACAUGUAGCGAAUUUCAGAUGUUUAGAUAUAACUUUAUAGACCAUCUGUCCCCUUUCUAAUAGUCCAGAUGCAUUCCAAAGUGUCUUGUAUACUCUGUUUCAUACAUGGUGCACAAUAAUGUCUAAUCUAUGUGGCUUGAAUUGAAGGCCACAUGCCAGCAGCUUUGAAAUCAUUGUACACUAAGUAUGAAAAGACCAGACAUUGAAGCAAUACUCUGCAAAGUGAUACAUUGAGGAGCCAGUUGUGUUAGUGACAGGCUUGUUAACUUUGUUGUGUUCCACCUCUUCGUGUCCAUAGUGAACACAGUUUCGAAGACCGCUCAUGUUUUUUUUAAGUCGCCAAUCUGCGCAGGUGGUCACAACUAAGGAGUAUGGACGAAACUCUCAAGCUGUGGAGUUGUAGCGCAAAAUCGACUUAAAUAUUGUGAUAUUGUAUGUGAGUGUUUACCAAGUGCCUGUAUGCAGAAGCCUGUUUGCAUAGGAAGUGCAGUCAUUUUGUAUGCAGUUCCUUCUUAAUCUACCAAGAGUGUGCCAUACUGUGAUGUUUACCAAUGCUCAAGUCAUGAGAAGCUGCUUGUCACAGAUUUAUUUACUUAUAAUCGGUAAUAAAGAACAUAUUUUUGUUUCAGAGAAA